CGGUCGCCCCCCCUCCUCCCGCUCCGCCGCCGCCGCGGCCGCGCCAGAUGCGCCUCCUCGCCGCGGCGGCGAGGCAACCCAAAACACCGCACCCUCUUCUCGCCGCCCUCCACCGGCUCCUCUCGACGACGACCACCACCUCCUCCUCCUACGACUACGAUCCAACCGCGCAGUUCCUCCAUCCCGACCACCGCCGCGUCCUCUCGCUGCCGGCGUCGCUCCGCCAUGACGCCCUCCUCGCGCUCGCGCGCCUUCUCAAGACCUCCCCGCAAUGCCACCUCGCGCUUCACGCCGUCAGCCCCCCACCUUCCUCUGGCUCUCCCUCCUCCACCUCACUCGCUGCUCGCUUCGCCGCCGCCUCCCGCCUCGCGGCGUCGGCGUCCGCGCUCCGCCCCUUCGCCGCGAUCCUCAUCGCGGCGCGCCUCCCUGCCGCCUCCCCGGACCUCCUUUCCUGGUCGUCCUCCUACGGGAGCACCGGCGGAAGCGCUCGCGUGCGGUACGCCGCGCUCCGGCUCGCGCUCCACGCGUUCCUCGCCGCGGGUAUGGCAGCCGAGGCGCUCCACGUCCUCGCGCGCGUCCGCAGCUCCGGGAAUACGCCCAGCCUCUCCGCUCUGGCCGCAUUGCUGCGCCUUCUAUUCCGCAGCGGGGAGGUCCGCGCUGCCUGGAACAUGUUCGAGGAAAUGACCACGAGGGUUCCGCGCCCGAGCUUGGCCAUAUUCAACGCCAUGAUCCUCGGGUUCUGCCACAGGGGGAUGCUGCGCAUUGGCUCGGGGCUGCUUGGGGUCAUGGAAAAGAAGUUCGGUAUCAUCCCGGACGUUGUCAGCUAUAACAUCCUCAUCAAGGGGCAUUGUGUGUUUGGGUGGUCAGGGGACGCCUUCAAGCUGUUUGAGGAAAUGCGCAGUUCAGGAUGUGAGCCGACAGUCGUGACGUAUAACAUACUGGUGGAUGUUCUGUGCCAUGAGGGGAGGAUGGCGGAAGCGAGGAGGCUGUUCGAUGAGAUGGCACAGGUGGGGAUCAAAGAAAAUACAAUAACCUUCAAUGUCUUGAUAGAUGGAUACGCAAAGACCGGACGGAUGGAUGAGGCCAGCGCGGCCUAUAGGGAGAUGAAAGUGAGAGGAUUAGUGCCAGAUUCCUGCACCUUCAACAUUCUUGCUGCUGGAGCGUACAAGUUUGGGCAUGCUGCCCAGUUAGUCCAUGAUCGUGAAAUGUUUGCUUCACACUUGCCGGCUGAUGGGUUGGAUGUGUUGGUCUGUAGGCUUUGUUGGGAUGACCGAUUGGAUGAUGCCUGGGAGCUUCUGCGCGGUGCUAUUGAGCAGGGUGUUCCAGUUAGUGUUGCUGGAUUUAAUGCAUUGAUUGCUGCUUAUAGCAAGGAGGGACUCCAUGAAGCAGCGUUUGAACUAUACAGAAUUAUGAAUGAGGUAGGGUUGGCACCGUCAACGCAUACUUUUAAUUACUUGAUAAUGGGGCUGUGCAAUCAAGGAAGGCUUGAUGAGGGGCAGCUAAUUUUAGAACACAUGGUUAGCAAGGGAUAUUGUCUAAGCACAUCGUUUACUAUCUACUUGGAUGCAUCCUUCAGAGAGGGCGAUGCAGUCCGCGCUUUGAAAUGUUGGGAUGAUAUGGAAAAAAUUGGUCUACAGCCUGAUUUUAUUGCCUUCUCAGCAUAUGUCAAUGGCCUAUGCCGUUUAGAUUAUGUGAAUGAGGCCUAUCAGGCAUUUGCUGAGAUGACAACAAGAGGACUUGAACCGAAUAAUAUUACUUACAACUCCAUCAUAUCUGCAUUUUGUCGGGCAGGCAAUAUGGCUGAAGCUUUGAAGUUACAGCAGAAGAUGAGGCAGAGUGGCCUUGUUCCUGAUGUUUACACAAGCAACAUUCUAAUCGACGGUUUAUGCAGACAAGGAAACUUGAAGAUGGUGGACAGCCUUUUAUUGGACAUGUGCAGUAAUGGUCUAAUCCCAGACACAGUGACGUACAAUACUAUAAUCAAUGCGUAUUGCAGGGCUCAGGACAUGAAUGGUGCUAUGAGUUUCAUGAAUAAGAUGUUUGCAGCUGGUUGUGAACCGGAUAUUUUCACAUAUAAUAUUUGGAUGCAUAGCCUCUGCAGCAACCAUAUGUUGAACCAAGCAGGGAAGGUGUUAGAUGAGCUUGUUACAAGGGGUUGUCCUCCUAAUUCAGUUACAUACAAUACAUUGAUGGAUGGCAUUUGCAGUGAUGUUCUUGAUCGAGCUAUGAUACUGACUGGCAGGCUGAUUAAGAUGGCUUUUCAACCAAACACUAUCACACUUAAUGUUUUCCUUUCUCAUUUCUGCAAGCAAGGAUUUGGAAAGAGAGCCCUUAUGUGGGCUGAGAAGCUCAGGGAAGAUUCUUUUGUUUUUGAUGAUGCUACUAGAAAUAUAAUUGACUGGGCACAAAGGGAAAUGGAGAACGAUCCCCAGGUUAACAAUGAGGACAUAGAUAGGUGCCUGUUUCUCGAGUUCUUGAUGUUCAGGACAUAUGAGACUAUGCACAAUAACAGAUACUCAAAGGCUGGACAUGUGCCUGCGGAUAAAGGUUUUGAUCCUGCUAGCAGCAACAUGAUCAAAAUUUUGGAUACUGGUUGAUAAAUGAAUUUUAUAAGCACAUCAGGUUCUAUCACAGAUGCACUUAGAGGAACCACAUGAUCAGUGCCCUGCCACAAAGCAAGUGCAACAGAAGGACACCAGCGAUCUACCAUUGUUUUCUGUGAGUUGCUUGAACCAUCACACCUGCAGCACCAGCUCAAAUCCCAUUGGCAGCACUAGAGAUAUUGCGGCGUAAUCAUCCUCAAGGAAGGCAGUAUCAAUCUGCUUCAGCCCGCACACAGCUAUUGAGCAGGCCACAUUCUUGAUAUCCUCAGCUAUGCCACAGUCCCCGAACAUAAAUUCUUUCAGAGCCAGUCAACAACCAGAGAGAAGCCCCUCCCCCAUUCAAGACAGUUUCAGUGGACAGACACGUCAACUCCUACAAGUAACAGUCCAGUUAACUGGUUAUGAUGGAGGUUGACAGUUUUUCAGCAGCAAGCGAGCAGUCUAGAAGCAAGGAUGCUCUGCUGAGAACAUUGUUGCUGGUCAGUCAAUCGAUAUGCAUAAGUACUUCCAUUUUUUGUGAUAAUUUCGAGGGGGAAGAAGCAUAUAUGAUGGGACGCUUUUGGUGCCUGUUGAAGUGCCGAGUGGAGUUUGUACCUGCCUGCUGGAGUAGGAGGCGACAUUGGUGUCUCUGGCCUCAACUACUGGGACCCAACCUACCGAGCCCCAUUGAUCGAUAGAGAGAUUACCUGAGUUGGUUGUUUACAUUCGCAUUCAAGCAAGCCACAUUUGUGCUGAAUGACGUGAGGAAAGGGAUUGGAGUUCCUUGCUAGACCAAAAAGAAUGUGUAAUGAAGGCAGCACAAUUUAUUUGUUGUACAGACAAUGUGUCGAAAGCAUGGCAGCAGAUUUGCCUGGUCAUUCUGAUAAUGCCCAACUACUGUUAGUCUGUUACGUAGAUUUUUCUCUCAUGAGAUAUGCUAGAAACAGUUUGGCUUUGGUAUGCCUCAAGAGGUAUGUAUGUUCCUUCUAUGCAUGUGUGGUGUUGGAAUGU